GUGCGCGGCUGCCCCGGGGGCCGGGGCCGAAUGGAGCCGGGGCGGCGGGACUCGCUGGCGCUGCUCACCGACCUCUACCAGUUCACCAUGGCCUACGGCUACUGGCGGGCCGGGCGGCAGCGGGAGCCGGCCGAGUUCGAGCUCUUCUUCCGCCGCUGCCCCUUCCAGGGGGGCUUCGCCCUGAGCGCGGGGCUGGGCGAGUGCCUGGCCUUCCUGCGGGGCUUCCGCCUCCGCCAGCCAGAAAUCGAGUACCUGCAGUCGGUCCUGCCCAGCACCAUGGAGAAGGCUUUCUUUGAUUACCUGCGCACCGUGGACGCCUCCGAAAUCACUGUCUCCUCUGUGCCGGAGGGCUCCAUCGUCUUCGCCACGGUUCCGCUAUUGCAAGUGAAGGGGCCGCUGCUGGUGGUGCAGCUCCUGGAGACCACGCUGCUGUCUCUGGUCAACUACGCCAGCCUUGUGGCCACUAACGCUGCCCGGUUCCGCAUGCUCGCUGGCCCAGACAAGAAGCUGCUGGAGCUGGGGCUGCGACGUGCCCAGGGCCCGGAUGGGGGCCUUUCCGCAUCCAAGUACUCCUACAUAGGGGGUGAGCUUCGCCCAGGAGCCAGGCCGGCGUGCCAGCUCCUCGCAGCAGGGCGUUCCCUGUCCCCUUUGCUCCCGUUCGGUCUGCAUUCCCCUCGCCCACGUGCCCCUGAUCUCUCCGUUCCAGGCUUUGAUUGGACCAGCAACGUGCUGGCAGGGAAGCUGUACGGGGUUCCGGUGCGGGCAACCGUGGCCCAUUCCUACAUCAUGUCCUUCACGUCGCUGGCGGAGGUGCAGCCCCGGACCCUGAAGCCCCUGGACGGAGAUGAGCCGGUGGAUUUCCUGCCCCUUGCUGAGUCAUGGCUGAGGCAGGUGUGCCAGACCCUGCAGGUCCCCCAUGACAGGGUGAACCACGGGGAACUGGCUGCCUUCAUGUCGUACGCCAUCGCCUUCCCCCACAACUUCUACGGGCUGGUGGACACUUACUCCAUCAUGGGGAGUGGCAUCCCAAAUUUCUGUGCCGUGGCGCUGGCAUUGAAUCAGCUGGGAUACCGCACAGUAGGGAUUCGCGUGGACAGCGGAGACCUCGGCAAGCAGGCGAGGGAGAUUCGCCAGGUGCUCCGGACCUGCAGUGCCGACUUCCAGGUUCCCUGGUUUGCAACAAUCCCCAUUGCUGUGAGCAAUGAUGUCAGUGAAAGGAGCCUGGAGGAGUUAAUGCAGGAGGGGAAUGAAAUUGACAUGAUCGGAAUUGGGACCAACCUGGUGACGUGCCCACUGCAGCCCUCCCUGGGCUGUGUUUACAAGCUGGUGAAGGUGAACGGCUGCUCCAAGCUGAAGCUGACUGAAGACGAAGAGAAGAUGACCAUCCCGGGGAGCAAGGUGGUGUACAGGCUCCAUGCUGCCACUGGUCUUGCCUUUAUGGAUCUCAUGGCACUGGAGGAGGAGCCCCCGCCCAGGGCGGGGCAGGAGGUGGCUGUCCGCAUGCUGGGGAGGAGUGAAGCGGCCAGGAGGGUGACUCCCACGGCAGUGGAGAUCCUGCACCGCACUUACUUUAAAGAUGGACAGGUUUGCCAGGCUCUUCCCAGCCUGCUGGAAAUCAAGAGCCACGCCCAAGCCUCUUUGAGCACGCUCAGCCCUGCGCACAAGAGACUCCGGGACCCAGAGCCGUACCAGGUUGCUGUGACUGAGAAGCUGCACUUUCUCCUCAGUGACCUGCGUCGAUCCAGCCGGUGAGCUGCCCUGCCUGCAUCAUCUCGUCCAGCAGCAACCUGCACCUGUGCAAGCCCGAAUUAACCUGCACAAAGACCUGGCCGACCUCAGGGCCUGGGCCUUUCUAUUUAAUUGUCUAAUCCUUUUUGAAUGAUGGUUUUGCUGUGCAGGGCAGUAGCUACAGGGCAGUCCAGCUCCAACAGGUACGGCAAACAUUCCCGAACAGGACCUGCGCAGACGGGAAGGAGAUUUUUCAGAUCUGGUUUGAAAUGCAAGGGGAGGCGUUGAUGGGGGCAGAGAUCCAGCAAGGCUCUGCCUAGUUUUACUCUACUAACAGUGUGGCUUAAGUGUUGGGAUCCGCAGCUGUCCUCGGGUGCUGUUCUUCUGCCACCUCUACUGUGUGUUUUCGAAAGUAGUAUCUCCUAAUGUUGUCCCUCCCAGACUGCGGCACUUUCCUCAAUAGGCCUGAUUGCUGCGUGUCUUUGGAGUCGCACCUUCUGACUUUAAUGCCUAAAAUAAGGGGGUGUUUGUAGUGCAGAGCCAUCCCAGCUAUGGGAGAAUGAGCUGGAUUCUACUCUGGGCUCGUGCAUCAUGAACAAAGUUGUUUAAGAAACAGCAGAUUCAUCCUAAGCAGAAUCAAACUCUCAUCAUAGACACAUUGAUUAGGAAAUUCUCUAGGGCUAUUAAUUCUCUUUAGCUUAUAGCUAAGUGUAGGCUCUCAGUAAUUGUAUUGGGCCAGGACUUGUUCUGUAUCCUGUCCAAUGGUGGCCAGUGCCAGCUGCUUCAGAGGAAGGUACAAGAAACCCCAUGGGCUGCAUCUAAACUGGGGAAAUUUAUGAUCUAAUCCUGAAAUGAGCUGUGGCCAGGGGGCUCCCAGUGGGGUUCUGCACAGAGCUCCUUGCAGGAGCAGCAGUUUAAUCUUCAGUUGUAAGUUUAAGAAUACAAACUGACCUCUUACAGUUGGAUCUUUGAGUAGGAAUCAAACCCAUUAUUUCUCCCAAUCCCACUUUGCCUGCAGAUCCCAGGAGAGGCCUUGCAGGGUCUUCAGAAAUACAAGUACAGUGUAAACAGCAUAGAGGCAAGUGAUUGCAGCCCCACAAUCUGCUUUGUGGAGCUUUCGUGAAAUCUCUCUAAACGUGAUGGAAACGUUUCCCCUGCAGUGAUUGACAAACCAUUAAAUGUUUGGAUUGCAAAGGCCCCGUUGUGCUGCACAAAACAAGGAGAGAUGUGGCCCCUGCUCUGAAGAACGUACCCAAAGUUAGUGCAUGAAAGCUAGAGUGUGAAACCAGAAAGAGAGAGAAAUGAACCAUGUAGCUUGUUUUCACUGUCCAGCUUGAGAGAAGUACAAAAAGGUAAAAGAAUUUUUAACAGGGUAACUGACCAUUAGGGAUGGGGUGGAUUCUCCGUUACUUGGAGUCCUUAAAUCAAGGCCGAAUGGCUUUCUAGAAGCUGUAGCACAACCACAAGCUAUGGGCUGGCUGCAGGAAUCACUGCGUCAGGGUCUGGGACCUGUGCUGUGCAAGAGGUCAGACUAGAGCAGGGGGUAGGCAACCUAUGGCACACGUGCCGAAGGCGGCACCCGAGCUGAUUUUCAGUGGCACUCACACUGCCUGGGUCCUGGCCUCCGGUCCAGGGGGC